GGGGGGAGGCACGGUUUUAGGGGAGUCUGAAGACGGCGAAUGCAGAGAUCUUGUGCGGCGCCGUGGAGGAGCAGAGACACUGCUGACUGUGUGGAGCUGCUGGCCAUGCCACGUCUCGGAACCCCAUCAGGAGACGUGGUUCCGAUCUAGGCGGCGUUCUAGAUUCUGAUUUUGAUGCUGCUCGUCUGAUCUGGAUACCGAAGAGGAGAGAGGGAGCAACAAGUGGAACUACAGCUUUCGCACCAUCACCCGCGAUGGAAGAGCACAAGGAGCCGUGCGGCGGCCGGGACUCCACCGAGGACGAGAGCAUGUCCCUGUCGCCCAACCUCCCGUCCCCUGCUAUGGUUUUACCCCACCAGGCGGCCCAGCAGGCCCACAGAACCACGAACUUUUUCAUUGACAACAUCCUCCGGCCGGACUUCGGAUGCCGGAAGGAGCCGAGCUACCGCGAGCGGAGCCAGACGCCGGGCCGGGAGAACGUGAACCCGCUCGGGGCAGCGAGGCCGCCGCACACCGGCAGCCUCUGCCUGGACUCCAACUGCAGCAGCGACAGCACCGCGUCGUCGCCCUCCUCGUCGUCGUCCUCGUCGCCCGCGUCCAAGCAGACUUCGUCCAAGCAGGGCGAAGCGGCGAGCAACGGGACGGGACGAUACGCGGACAGCCCGUCUAUUAUGGUCAUGAGCGGCGGGAACGGAGCCUCCCCGCCGUUAACGAAGGAGAGCCAGCCGCUGCUGUGGCCCGCUUGGGUUUACUGUACGCGGUACUCGGACCGGCCCUCAUCUGGCCCAAGGACACGGAAACUGAAGAAGAAAAAGAGCAGCAAGGAGGACAAGCGGCCCAGGACCGCGUUCACGGCCGAGCAGCUGCAGAGACUCAAAACCGAGUUCCAGGCCAACCGGUACAUAACGGAGCAGCGGAGACAGUCUCUGGCCCAGGAACUCAACCUGAACGAGUCCCAGAUUAAAAUCUGGUUCCAGAAUAAGCGGGCCAAGAUCAAAAAGGCCAGCGGCUACAAGAACGGCCUGGCUCUGCAGCUCAUGGCGCAAGGACUCUACAACCACUCCACGACCACGGUGCAGGACGAGAAGGAGGAGAGCGAAUGAGCGGCUCGGUUCGGUACGGACUCUUUCCCCCACACGGACACUGGGGCCACAAACUCUUUACUGGUGGAGAUAAACCGGAAACGCUAUUUAAAAACAACAACAACGAAAAAACAACAAAAAAAUCUGUUUAUGAUAACAGUAUAUGGACAUAAUUAUAUAAUUAAAAGUUUAUAUAGCCACACAGUUAUCAUGUUGUACACAGCAUUAUCUGAGUUUCAGACUCAUUUCUCAUGCGGUCGGUGUGUUUUCUUGCGAGUUUUUAGGAUGUCUGGUUUUCUAGAUUAUCGUGCUCUUUCUCUCUCCCUCUCUCUCCCUGUUCCCGCCAUUGUUUCCAUCCACAAACCAGUCCGCAGACUCAAAACAAGCCAAAGAUUUUAAUAUGUUCACAUGUAGUCUAAAAUAAAAAAAGAACGAGAACAGACGAAAUUAUUCUUUUUUUUUUUAAUUCACGCAGAUAAAUAAAAUGGCAUCAAACUGACUUAAAAUGAAGAACCGGAGCUAUUUAAAAUGCUGCAACAUGUUUUAAUUGGACACCAUAAUUAAAAACAAGCUUUUAAAUUCUCUAAAAUACAACUUUGAAUGUAUUGGUUGGAUUAUAAAUGUAACACGCUGGUAAGAAGCCUCACACGGUUCUUGUUUAUCGGCUUGGGAUGGCGUUUCACCCAUUAAAGCUAUUCUGGUUGUUUACAAGCUUCCUCCUGCUGGGGUUUAAUGAAACUGAUAUAUUUACAGUCCGGUCCGCAGAGGCCUUGUUGUCAUUAGGAGGGAACACUGGGCCAGUCCGGGGGCCGUUUGACCUUUUUGGCCCUUUGUGACCUUGGGUGGAGGCUGGCCAGGAGCUGCCGUGUUCAGUGUCUCAGUUCAAGCAGAGAAGCGUGCGUGAAAUUUAUAAAAUAUUUAAAUUCAAAACAGGAAAAUAGUAAUUAGCACAGUGAUGUGAAUCGGAUAAAGAUGAGGGAUUUUUAGAAACAUUGUUAGUCAUUUUAAUUUUAAUGAGCUAUGCUAGUAAAAAUCAACACGUUAGCAACAAAACAGUUCCGGAAUACGGGGUUUUAAUUUUUUCUUGUUUAUAACAUUUUAAAAUAAAAGCUAAUCCAAGCCGUUUCUUCCUAUAAACGUACAGAAAAAUAUUUCCCUGAAAUCACCUUUAUUGCAAUUUUUGGUCAAUAUUUCACUUUGUUAAUAUGUCCACUUUUCCGUAAAUCAUUGGACGUAAAGUUGUAUUUAUUAGGCGUCAUUUCCAGUCUGACUCCAGGACGGUUGUGCUAGCUCCAUUUCUGGUUAUCACACACAUUCAGCUGAUCUCUGUUCAGAUUAUUUAAUUAAGCACUAACGAGUCUGCUGAGGAGUUCGCUGCUUCCGCCUUUCAGCCUCUUUAAUUAUUUCAAGUGCUGCGUUAGGAUCAGCUCGUUCUCGUGAGCACCCGGAGAAGAGAGAGAGAGGGAAUAAUUGAUUCCAGUGGCAGCCAGGGACUAAAACACUGUUCACAGCAGCUUAUUCACACCCAGUCGUGUUUGGAUUUAAAAAAAACAGCUCAAACUUUCAACUUUUUAGUGCAUUUUCUCAUUUAUAUUUAUUUAUUUGUGUCUGAGCCUGCAAAGAUGUACAAAACCGAACUUUGUCGGUUUAAGAGCAACAGAAAAUUACUGCAAAAGAAC